AUGGCGCUCGUGAGGAGGUUUCAUACAGUUCGAUCUUUGUUGCGGACAGCUGGACCUUCUUCCUUUCCUGUUCAAAACGGAAAUGAAUUCUCGUGGAUUCGAACUGGAGAUGAUUUCAGAUUUGGGUGUUGGAGGAGCUAUCAUUCUUCUCUUUGUCACGUUCCUGACGUUCAUGGAAAAAACGGUUAUUCACGCUUAUUUGAAGGCCACAACGUCAACACGCAUUUGCUUCGAUCUACAAUGAUUGCAGAGUCUUUGCCGUUUACUAGCGACAAAAGGUCUGCUACAACACAAGUAAAGGCUCCGCCUCAACUACAGAAAACGGGUGCCGUUAGAGUGUCGAUGGUAAGUCCUGGAUUUGUUUACGAAGCCUAUGCUCUCCAGGAAAAAAUCUCGAUUUGGAGGAGAUGUUUCACAAAAAGCGGUUGGCAAAGAACGAAAGAGGAUUUUAUACGGGAGCUAAGAAGCGCUUACGCUAUUGCAAAGUUAAGAAAGACUGGGUAUUCAAAGAAUAGUUUCUACAUAGAAGCACUAGAGUUGUACAAAGAGAUUAACAUUCUGAUGGCCAAUGGUGACAAGAAGACAAUAAGGAAAAACGUAACUGAAAGGAUGUAUUCUGCACUGAAGAACGAAAUUAAACAAAGAGAAGCCAUUUGGGAUCGUGUUCACUGGGAAAUGAUUGAGCCGGUCAUCAAGAUCCGAACUUUACAAGCUCGACUGAUUGGCAUUGACCGGACAGACCUUAAGAAAGCAUUCAUACAACUGACACUCGAGUUUCUGACAAAGCAGAAAUUUGAAGCAUACGAUUCGAAAGGCAAUGUAGUAGCUGGAGACAAAAACAAAGAGGUGCUUGUUCGUGACAUCUGGGUCUUUGAGAAGUCUCUUUUCCAUACGGGAGCUUACUGGCGACUCUGUGGAAGGAUUAAAUUAUGA